AUGUUCCCUGUGGCUCUGACACAGCUUCUCCUCCAGCAUCCUCUCCUGAUCACUUUCUCUGAAGAUGGCAGACGCAUUUGCACAGAGAAAUCUGUGGCAUGCAGCAGGGGAGAUGUGGUCAUUGCUGGAUUUUACUCCCUCUAUUCUUGGGAAUUGGUCGUUCAAGGCAUGAAUGACCCUACCCUGCAGCAACAGAACAUUCAGAUCAACUUAAAGAAAUACCAAUUGCUUCUCACCCUGCUGCUGGCUGUGGAGGAGAUCAACAAGAAUCCCCAUCUGCUACUCAACAUGACUCUGGGGUUUGAGAUAUAUACUGUACAUUACUCAGGUACUGAUCUGUUAGAGGAUCCACUCACCUGGCUGUCUGGGAAGAAUAAAAACAUCCCUAAUUACACCUGCAGAAGAGACAGCAAAGCUAUUGCGGCACUCACAGGUACCUCAAACACAUUCUUCCCAAUAGGGACACUGUUGGACCUCUACAAACUUCCACAGUUCACCUUUGAGACUUUUGAUCCUCUCCUGAGUGACCAUGGAAAGUUUGGGACUGUCUAUCAGAUGGCUGCCAAGGACUCAGGUCUAGCCCUGGCCAUGGUCUCUUUGAUGCUUCAUUUCAGCUGGAACUGGGUGGGACUAUUGAUCACCGAAGAAAACUAUGGAAUGUGGUUCCUCUCAGAAUUGAGGGAAGAGAUGGGCAAGAGUAGAGUCUGCUUUGCCUUUGAGAACAUGAUCACUUACAGUGUCUUAUCAGAUUUCUCAAAUGAUCUAUCGAUGCAGCGCCAGCUAAUGGACUUAUCAACCAAUGUGAUUAUCAUUUAUGCGGACAGUAAAUUUCUACUAGGCUUCAUUCUUAAAUUUAGGCACUUUUUAAUUACAGGCAAAGUCUGGGUCAUGAACUCACCCUAUGAUGAUGUGACUAUUGCUAAAAGACAUUUUCUGAUUGACUCUUUCCAUGCACCUCUUAUCUUCUCUCACCAUCAUAGAAACACUGCUGGGUUCACCAAUUUUAUUCUGACAGAGGCCUUCUCCAAGAACUCAGCAAAUAACUCCCUUCCCAGGUCAUGGAUUCAGUCUGUUUAUAGCCUACUGAUUAAGUCUGACUGCAGAGACUUGGGGCGCUGUUCAUACAAUGCCACACUGCAUUGGUUGCUGAAGCACAUUUUUGACAUGACCAUGUCAGAUGAGAGUUACAACAUCUACAAUGCUGUGUAUGCUGUGGCCCAUGCCCUCCACCAGAUGUUUCUUCAUUACAUGGAAGAGCCAAUAGUGCACAAUGGACAACCCAGGGCAUUUCUCUCUUCACAGGUUUUAGAACUUGGUAACACUUUAUUCUGCUGUGGGUCUGCAUUUGAUAUAGUUGGUUGGAUUCCUGUGCUGCAUCCCUUUUUGAAGAAUAUCCAAUUUACCAAUCCUGUUGGAGACCAAGUGGUUUUGAAUGAGGAAAGGAAAUUGGAGGCAGAGUAUGACAUUAAGAGCUUUUGGAAUUUUCCAGAAGGUCUGGGACAAAAGGUGAAAGUUGGCAAGUUUUCUCCAUCUAGGCCACAUGGUCAACAACUGAUUUUGUUUGAAAAUCUGAUAGAGUGGCCCAUAGGAAUUACCAAGACUCCUCGGUCUGUGUGCAGUGAGAGCUGUGGUCCUGGAUUCAGGAAGGUCUUUCUGGAGGGAAAUGCUACCUGUUGCUUUGAUUGCACUCCUUGCCCAGAGAAUGAGAUUUCUAAUGUGACAGAUAUGGAACAGUGUGUCAGAUGUGCAGGUCAUCAGUUUGCCAACAUCCAGAGAAAUCACUGCCUGAGAAAAACUGAGGGCUUCCUGGGUUAUGAAGACCCCUUGGGUAUGGCCCUGGCUUGCACAGCUCUUUGCUGUUCUGCACUCACAGCUGCAGUUCUUGGGGUGUUUAUCAAGCACCAAGACACCCCCAUUGUCAAGGCCAAUAACUGGGCCCUCAGCUACAUCCUGCUCAUCUCCCUCAUCUGCUGCUUCCUCUGCACCUUACUCUUCCUUGGCCGUCCCCACACAGCCUCCUGCAUCCUGCAGCACACCACAUUCGCAGUGGUCUUCACUGUGGCUGUCUCCACGGUCCUGGCCAAGACCAUCACUGUGGUUCUGGCCUUCACGCUCACUGCUCCAGGGAGAAGCACGAGGCAGAGGUUGCUGUUCUGGGUUCCUAACCUCCUCAUCCCCACCUGCACUCUCAUCCAGGUGACCCUCUGUGGCCUCUGGCUGCGAAUCUCUCCUCCCUUCGUGGACAAAGAUGCACAAUCAGAACAUGGAUUCAUCAUCAUCCUGUGCAACACGGGCUCUCUCACUGCCUUCUACUGUGUCCUGGGAUACCUUGGCUCUCUGGCCUUGGCCAGCUUCACUGUGGCUUUUAUGGCCAGAAACUUGCCUGACACCUUCAAUGAGGCCAAGUUCCUGACCUUCAGCAUGCUGGUGUUCUGCAGUGUGUGGCUCACCUUCCUGCCUGUCUACCACAGCACCAAGGGGAAGGCCAUGGUGGCCGUGGAGGUCUUCUCCAUUUUAGCCUCCAGUGCAGGUCUCCUAGGCUGCAUCUUUGCCCCCAAGUGCUACAUCAUCCUGAUAAGACCUGAGAGAAAUUCUUUGUCCAGGUUCAGGGAGAGAUCAUGUUCUGGAAGAAACAAACGUUAA